AUGGAACUUCAUUUGAUUAAAAUUAAUCAAUCACGUAGUGUAACACCGCAAGCUGGUAAUUCACAGGAAUAUCUUAGUGAACAUACCGAUUCCGAUAGUGAUUUUCCAGCUCCACCAGAUUAUCUUCUACCGACAACGGUACUAAAACAACAGCCAAUAAUAUCAGCAAACAUUUUACAUGGUCGAAGUAAAUAUAGCAAUAUGAAAAGCAAUUCUUCAAGUAAUUGUUUAUCAACAACAAAAUGUGAUCCAUUAUCAACUUCAACGGGAAAACGUAAUACAUCAGUAACUGCAACUGAGGGUGUUUCACUUGGUAUCGAAUUAUGUCAUGAACAAUCAGCAAAUAUCACAUCUGCUAAAUUUCCAACACCUCGGCAAACUAAUUUCUCAUGCCAUAACUAUAAUAAAGCAAUGAUUGAAACAACUGAUAAUAAUGCUGAAAAUGAGGUCGAUAAUACUAAUAAACCAAAACAAGUUACCUCACCAUUUUUACCGUAUACAUCAACAACACUCUCAUCAAUUCAAGCUAGAGGACAUCUUGUAGGAACCAUUGAUGGAAUCUAUCCACGUACAUCACCAAAAUUUUCAAGAACUAGUCGUCUGACGAAUGAAAUUCAUGAGAUAACAGUGCCAAAAUCAAAUCUAAAAGCUGUUGAUAUUCAAUUUGAAGAUAAACCAAGUGCCGCUUAUCAGCCAGGCAAUAUCGAUAAAAACAAUACGAAAAUGGGUUCACAAAAUGAUAUUGGUGAAAUAAUUAAUGUGAAGAUCAGUUUGAGCAAUGAAAAUGGAAAUGAUGAACGGAAACAUUUUGGUUUUACAAUCACCGGUGGUAAAGAUAAAAAUGCACCUGUAAAAAUUGAUGCUGUUAUUGUAGGAACACCUGCUGAUCAAGUUGGACUACAGGUUGGUGAUUUACUAUUAAGCAUAAAUGGUGAAACAGUAGUGGAUAGAUAUUAUCAGUGUAUCGUGAGGAUGUUGCAUGAAGCAGAACGUGUUGGUGAUAUUGAAUUGAGAAUUCGACGAUCUGAUAACGCUGUUAUUGGUCCACGAAUAUCAUCGAUGGAAAAUCCUUUGCUAUCUAACGACCAACGAUCAACAAUUUCAUUUGAUCAGAAGCGAGCAUUAUUUGAUGAUAAAUGUACUGUUAAGAAUAGUAAUUGUAAAGGAAUUCGAAAACAAAAGCAUUCUUCUCCAACACGUAAAUGGUCAACCGGAAAUAUCAGCAAACAAUCAGAAAAUGCUGCAUCUGGUCCGGUUGCUGCUGUUGCACAUAAUAUGAAAGAUGGAAUUGUUACGCGUAGCAAUUCAGUUUUAUCAUCAAUUUCAACGCUGGAUGAUGAUGAUCCACGAAUGGCGUAUGCAGGCGGAAAAUAUGCAAUGCGACAUUCACGUGAACGUUUUUCUAGUCGUACAUCAUUGGCUAGUAGUACAUCAUGUUCAGUUACCGGUGGAGGAAGUGAUCCAGAUUAUCGUGUUACAUCAUUGCAUGACAAGCCAAAGCCUGGUAAAUUGGCUGAUUUUAUACCUGAAGUGGAACGGAAAACAAAUACUGGUUACGAUCCGGAUGAUGGCAUUUCCGCUUAUCGUUCUGUCUUCUUCAGACGAGGAAGUGACAUCGACGGUUUUACGAGUUUGUUCACCAACGAGGAUGAUGGUGAAGUACCACUUGUUCUCCGUAAUUAUGAUAUAACUCCAGUUCGAAGUGUUACAACAUCACCAAUACAACAUAAGAUAAGUUACUGGAUGAAGAAAGAUGAAGCAAGGACGAUGUCAUUACCGAGAAAUAUCGGUGGCGAGUAUCGACGAAAUGGUUAUGUGGUACCAUGCAACCUUCCAACUCCUGCCAAAUCAACUAUUCAAAAAGAUUCAGUAAUGUCUGACGAUAAUAGUAGUAAUGGUAAUAAUGGACAAAUGAAAACUUCUUCAACGAUAACGGAGUCACGAGAAUGGCGCCAAAUUAUUGAGCAACAACGUUUGCCGAGUCCUGGUGAUCCAGAAAGUCGUAAUGGAAUUGAUGCAGAUUCGAAUUCACGUCAUGGGAGUGGAAAGAUAACCAGGCACUUGUCACAAUCAGAAACGACACGAAUGAAGAAAUCUGGCUCGAUUAUCGAAAAUCUUUCAUCUACUGAUCAACCCAGAAAAUCGUCCGAGAACAACGCAUCUACUGGUUCAAAUUCGAGCAGAGUUAAAGCGUCAGAUGAACCAAACAAUCAUAAAGUAAACAAUAAACUUCCAUCGAAUAGAGAUGAACCAUUAUUAUCAGUAAGUGGUAAACAUCGAUGUUCCCAUUGUAGCAUGGAACUUGGCAAGUUUUCAUGA